AUGGGGAAUCCUGUACCAAAAAUAUCAUGGAAUAAGGGAGGAUCACCUCUUAGUAUCAACUUCAGGGUUAGUUUGUCAGCGGAUAACAAGCACCUUACUAUAACGAAUGUGAACAGAGUAGACAGCGGAGCAUAUCGAUGUGUGGCUACCAACAGCCUUGGAAAUGAUACCUCCAGUCCUGCUUUCCUAGGAGUGCUAUGUAAGUACAAUACUUGGGUAGCUUUGUCACGAAGUAUCUUACUUUGAAAUUAGAAAUUGUCUCAUAUUUUGAUGACGUCAAAUUCGGUGCUUAUUUUAUGUCGGAGAGCUUUUAAAUGUUAAAUGUUCCUGUAUUCAUUGCCGUAUCGUAAAAUACUCAGAGUAAAUCUGACAUUCUGGGGUUGUUAGUCCAGUCUUUUCAUGCGAUCGUCAUAUUUUUCUGUGCAGAAAUCGGUUCGAGAAGUCAAUUACCGAAGCACAAGUCCUUGUAGCAACAUUUUUUUUCAGUAAAGUUGAUUUAAGCUCGAGGCAUAAUACUGUUAUCUGUUGGUGCUUAAAUCUGAGUAGAUUUUAAUAUCAAUUUAAAAAUCGUAUUCCCCACCUUUCCACAUUUUGGUCCCUAGUAGGACUGUUUAGACUUUUUAGGGAUAGAUCUGAUACAUCUCCUUCUUUUCGAGGAAACUGAAAAUAUUAAUUUCUUUUCUUUAAAAUGUUCUGCUGGUGAUUUUGCUUGUCUCAUACGGACGGCUGUAGAUAAACCCAAUAUCAGCCCUCUUCCACGAACGAUUCAGAGAAUCGAGGGAGACAAAGUUACUUUAUUUUGCAAUGCCAGUGGAAAUCCACUACCGACAAUAACAUGGACUAUAGAUGGGAAUUCUGUGGACACCAGUAACAGUUCUAGAAUGAAUUUGUUUUACGAAGGAAAGCAUUUAGCUGUCAAGAAUGUGAGUAGAAGAAACAGUGGAGUGUACCGAUGUGUGGCGGGAAACAGCAUCGGAAAUGUUACGUCCAAUGGCACUACCUUAAGAGUUCUUUGUAAGUAAAAUGUAUGUCUCGAUAAAUGACCUUGAAGUUUUGUUGUGAAGCUGAGAUGGUUUAUUCUGCUCUCCACGCAAAAGCCUUCCGUGGCUUUACGUUCUUUACAAACAAUCGAUCAUUUGGUUUUGACAACCAAUCAGAGUCUCGUUAUCUCGAAUGUCUAUCGGGCAAUCAAUAGGGUUGAGAAAAGAACCCUUUUUUUUAUUUUUAAUGUAGAUAAACCAGAUGUCACAAUUAUUGAUGGUCCACGACAGUUUGCAGUUGUUGGUAAAUCAAAGAAACUCAUCUGCAAGUACGAUGCUUUACCACCAGUUUCUAAAGCGCAGUGGAUAAAAGAUGGAGAUGUGAUUGUUAGAAAUUCUAGUCUGCUGGUCAACGAGUCCCGCUUUUCUGUUCUAUAUUACAAUAAAAGUCAAAUACAGUUACUUAUAAAUCAAAGUACCUCGCAGGAUGCUGGAAACUACACUUGCCUUAUCAUUAAUUCUGUUGGUAACUCAUCCCAGAAUACGUCAGUCAUAAGCCAAGGUAUUGUAUGCUACAAAGCACUUUACAAUUACGCUUGUCUCUUUUUUUUGGCAGUGGGCAAUUCAAAUUGGUGGAACAGUGGGAGUCACAUUUACUGUAAGCGCUCUCACGAGGUUCUAGAGGGGCUACUUUAAAAUUCCCUCGCCACCCGGAUGACUUAGUCAUUGGAGAGGCGGGUUUGCAUUUUAAUUUGGAGAAGAACGGAGAGGAAUGAGGACCAUGCGACGUUACAACAGAAUCAAUGCAAUCCACAAUCAGAAAAAUAAUAAUUCAAAAUCUUCAGCUGUUUAAAGAACUCUGGGAUUGAACUAGUCCGAUUAAUGCCAAAAAAUACAUAAUCUCAGGCGAAGACCCAAUCAUUCACGUGGAGCACCCAGAGUACUAUUUCAAAAAAACUUAUCAACCCAAUCUGCUCCAUUUUUGUCUGAGGUUAAUCAGGAGCUAACUUGUGCGGGAUAAAGCAACUCUUCCUUAAUUACGAAUGAAACCCUCGUGUUUGUUCUAUUCAGUGAACCGUUACAAGUUAUGGCUGCUAGCGUAUUCUGUUCCAAGUUAGUCCCUUGAUUGAAAAUGCAAACGUCACAAUUAGAAGGGAUGUUUAAUAUCAAAUUAAACAACUCUUGCUGCUUUUUCACACAGAGCUACCCUUAAUCACCACCCGUCCAGAGGGGAAAACUCCCAUAGAGGGAGAAAAGAUAACUCUGUUCUGUAACGCCACUGGAAAUCCAGAACCAUCAAUAUCCUGGAUCAAAGAUGGGUCUCCCAUAAAAAGCAAGUCUCGGAUCGGCCUUUCACAGGACAGUAAGCGAUUGACAAUAACGAAUGUAAGCAGAACGGACAGCGGUGAAUACCAAUGUGAGGCGAGAAACGGAGUUGGAAAUGAUACCUCAAAUUCCAGAGUGGAUGUUCUUUGUAAGUGUUGUAAACCCUUUAAUUUCCAGGUCUUACUUGUUCUAACUGUAUUUACAAUCUGUAGCAGUUGCAAAGACAUCCUUGAACCUUAUAAAGUGGUCAUAUCUCUGCUCUCCCGUUCUCGAAUUGGAUGCAAUGGUCGUUUAUUUUAACCAAAGACACAAUUACCCUUUGGAUGCACGCUCUCGAUGCCUAAAUGGGUAGUGCAGCUGUAAUCUUUUCUCAAAUAUUUUUUUCUUACUUCAUUGUAAAAUUUUAUCUGUUCUAUUUCAUUUUGUUCGUUACCUUGUCCAGUACUUUCCUGUUGUGAAAUUCAUGGGCCGUCCAUUGAUGAUCAUUUGUUUGUUAUAAAGUUAAAUGUAGGUCGACAUCAACGAAGCUACAAAGCGAGAUUUGCAUGCCACACGUUCGAAUGAUUUAUUAGCUCUAACACCGACGCUAUUUUCUUUUCAGUUGAACCCGAGGUUACAAUUGAUGGCGAUCAGGAGCAAUAUGUGGCCAAGGGUAGCAAUAUCCAGCUGAUAUGUCGGUAUGAAGCGUCACCACCAGUGUCUGAAGUGCGAUGGAUAAAAGAAGGAACUGUGAUUGCUGAAAAUACCUCAAUGCAUAUUAAUGAUUCAAGAGUGACAAUUCCAUCUUUCAAUGAGAGUCAAAUACAGUUGUCAAUCACUGCAGCUUCCCUAAAGGAUGGGGGAAAUUACAUCUGUAAAGUCACGAAUAUUUUAAACAGCACUCAGGAUACGACAAUGAUCAUAGUUAAAGGUACAUGAUUACGAGUUGAACUAGCCAAUUGGUGGAGAAUAUUUUCUUCAGUAACGUUUAUUAAUCACUCAUUGGUUUGAGUCGCUAUAUCAAAUUUGAAACCAUAAGGUAAAAAUACGAUUUUACCACUCCAGCUGACGAGAACUUUUUCUCCCGUACCACAUUUACAACAAGAUCGUCCUUGAAAACUGCUCAUGAGUUAAUGUCACCUUCCAAACCAAAUAUUUCAUAGUCGUUAGCAAGUAAAUUUUGCCGGACUUUGAGUUCAUCUCACGAUAGAACGACACAAAUACACAAGGAAAUUUUUACAGUAACUUUAUAACCAUCCUUUUGUCUUUUAAAAGCUAGAAGCUCAGUAGAUUCUGUCGUAUCGGUCAUUGUUAAAACUGUCUUUGUUUUGAUGCUACUUUUCGACAUAGAAAAAGUAUGUCAGACAAAAAUAUUCACCAAAAAAUAAAUAUUUCUUUGCCAGCUUCAAUAAUGACAGGGGAUUAAGUUUAGAUGAUAAAUCAAAGGGUUAUGUUGACAGAAAUAUCGGAGGUCAAGUAAAUUCGUUACAUGAGGUCACACAACUCGGGUAAUAUUCACCAUGAAAAUUUGCAUAUUUGAGCGGUCGAACGAAAAAAAUCAUUUCUCGAAAACUGAAAUAUAUUUUCACCAAAAAACUACACCACAAUUAUUAGAACAUAUUGGGCUACAAAAUACGAAGGUAGGGAAGAAAAUGAAUUUUGGGCGACUUGCCACAAUAAUUCAAAUUUGUUCGAUGGAUGCUGACAUCCUCUCUUAAAUACGUUUGGAAAGCAAUUACUAUUUAAUGAACAUGAAAAUUUGUAUUAUUUUCUAAAACAAUUUUUUUAAUGAUAAUACUGUAUUUAUCCACAGAUAAACCUGAGAUCGCGACGCAUCCUCAAAAUAUCACAACUAGAGAAGGUCAAAACGUGACUAUAUAUUGUAACGCUACUGGAAAUCCAGCUCCAACAAUAUCAUGGUACAAGAAUGGAUAUCCUAUAAAUAACAGCUUCAGUACCAUUUUGUCACCAAGCCAUGAACAGUUGACAAUAAGGAAUGUGAACAGAAUAGACAGUGGCGAUUACGCAUGUCAAGCGAAAAACAGAGUUGGAACGGAUACUUCUAACGCUUCCACGAUUAAUGUUCAGUGUAAGUGACUUAAAUUAGUCAUUGUACAUGAAUAAGCACUAGCAGUCCUUUUGACGUGCCAUUAAUCCAUCCGAAAUGUCGAGAAUUUACUUGGCUCCCUUAAGCUCGGCCGAACAAUUCAUUCUGAUUUAGCACGCUCUUUCAGCCAAUCAGAAUGCUUGUCCUAUAGAUACCUCAUUAUAAUUUCUUUUGCAGCUCUAGCAACAAUUAUUUUUUUUUUAUCGGCCGUUCUGUCUUCUUCCUUUUGGAUCAAACUAUGCUUUCUUAGUAUGGACGAUCUUCUUGCCGGAAUUUUUACUAUCAGAGGGCGUCUUUUUCACUGGUUCUUCGUCCUAUCACUGUUAGUGUUUUAUUCAUCUACUCAAGGAGGUAAAAGACAUUUUUCAUUAUUCGAAGACAGAAUUUUAAAAGAUUUGGAAGCGGAAAUCAACCUCGUUGACUUCCAUAUACGAGGUAUAGGCCCUGGCCGCGCAUUGAUUUCAUCAGUUUAAAUAUCUGGAUAUUCACAAUGCAAAUAGAUUGAAUUCUCUCGAGUGUGAGUUAAGGACCUUGUUAAGCUAAAUUUGUUGAGAUUCUCUGUUUCAGUCCAUUACCUUAAGCAAGAUAUUUCGAUAUUGUAAUUUAAUUCGAAUGUUUCAUUUUUCUUGUGUAAUUGCCUCGAUUAAAUCUGCUAACCCGCUUAAAUACAUAAAAGAUUGAUCGAAUUCAUUGCUUUUAAUUUCUUACCAAGGUAAGCUUAGUUUAUUUUCCCUAGAUGUGCUUCGAUAAUUACAAAUUUUACACUCGCUUUUCAUUUAAAAUACUCAUUUUGACCCGAAAGAAUUCCGAUGGUUUUCUAACUAACUACUGAUAUACUUACUCUUAGUCUGUUUCUUGUUUUACGAAGAGAUUUUGUCUCAAUGGGAAGUGAUUGGUUACUGUACUUUGAAAAUGUUAGUUGUCAUCGGAAGUAAAUUUUUUUAAAAUUUGACUUUUAGUGGCUGAGUUGUUUGUAAGGAAUAUCACAACAUACAUUAUAAAUUGCAACCGUUUCUUGUACCCAGUACAACUUAUGUUUAGUUGAGCAUGUUACUAUCUGACGUUAUGCAGCCUUUCUCCAUAAAGAGCUUCCUUUUCUAGCACCACUUUAUUUCCUUGAAACGAAAGAUUGAGCAAUGAUCAGUCAGUUGUCUGACUGUGAAGCAAAGAUACGCUGAAAAAGCAAACCGCGAGCCAAUUGGUCACAUAACGUAAUUUGUUGACAUGUCAUAUUUAUGCUUUCGUGAUAGUCCUUUCAAAGUAAAAUUUUAUCCAAAUUGCAGUUCGAGCUGAGAUCGUCUCUCAUCCUCAAGUGAAUGUCACAAAAGAAGAGGGAAGUAAUUUGACUUUAUUUUGUAAUGCCACUGGAAACCCAGGACCGAUAAUAUUAUGGACCAAAGAUGGAUCUCCCACAAACAACAAUUCCAGAAUCAGGUUUUCAAAACAUAACAGGCUGUUGACCAUAUCAAAUGUGAACAGAACAGACAGCGGCCACUACCGUUGUGUAGCGAACAACAGCUUGGGAAAUGGUACCUCAAACGUUUCUAUUGUUAACAUCCAAUGUAAGUUCUCAUCUCACUACUGUACUGGUAUGAAUACUUUACUUUCUCUUACCAGGGUAUGCAUAGCGUUUUGACACUCGGCGUCGGCUGUCAGCAGAUUUCAUGCUUCUUUCUCCAAUUCACCCUUUUUUUUUGUUUCCGCUAUAGUCAACUUUUGUUAUAAUUAUUGUUUAAUAAACAUGGCCUUUGAAGAACAUUUGCUCCUACACUCUGCAGGAAAAUUUCAUCCUAUGCUUUUUUUAUAACAGAAAACGGAUGUACAGUCAUGUAUGCAUUUCUAUGCAGACGUUUUGUUUAUCUGUUAUUUGCCCUUUGCUAACAAGAUUGAUUUCAAAAUUGCAGAUAAACCUGAGAUUACUUCUCAUCCUAAAAAUGUGGAUAUAAAAGAAGGAGGAAACGUGACCUUUUCUUGUAAUUAUACUGCAAAUCCAUCACCGACAACAUCAUGGACUAAAGAUGAAUCGCCUAUAACUAACAAUUCGAGGAUCAGUUAUUCAGUUGUCAAUAAAGUUUUGGCAAUAACGAAUGUGAACAGAAAGGACAGUGGAGAAUACAGAUGUGAGGCAAGCAACAAACUUGGAAACGACACAUCAGAAGCUGCUGAAUUAAAUGUGAAAUGUGAGUUCAUUGCAUUGUCCUUUAAGAUAUCGAUUAGAAAUAGAACAGAGCAUUUUAAUACGCAAAGUCUCUUUCGCAGUAAACACCUUAAGGUAACGUCUACGGGGAAAUCGAUAUUUUAAAAUCUUCUUUUUUGAGUCCUCGAAAACGAUUACGAAAUGCUCGUAAGAAAUAAUUAAUAAUUUGGUCGGAGAACAAACUCUCCCAUGAAUGGCCGUAAUAAGGUGGUCGGGAAUAUACUUUUACCCUUUAACUCCCAUGAGUGAUCGAGAGAGAAUUUCUCCUUACAGUGUCAAUGCAAUAUUAAGCAGAUAAGUAAUGAGAAUAAAGAAAAAUAGCGAUUAGGGAAUAAUUAUUUGAUCCAGUACUAAAUUCUCUGAAUUAACAUUAUAAAAAUUUUACGGUUGGCAUUGAGGAGAAUAACAAAUUUGAUCUAGGAGUUAGAGGGUUAAAAAAUUUGGAAGUGAGCACAUCUUACAUGACAGCUAUUAGAAAUAACUACUAAAUAAAGAGAUUUAUCCAUGUAAAACACGUUUGAUAACUCCAUUAUAUCUCCAUCAUCUUGCUAAAAACUGUACUGAACACUUGUUCAAGAUAUACGCAAAAAUUUUUGUUCAAGAAUUUGAGCACAACUUGUUGUAUAGUAACAUAAUUGUGAAAACAAUUUCUACGCAUAGCCUUACUAAGAGAGUUUCUUUGUGCAUUUCAGAUCGCCCUGAGAUAACAAAACAUCCGCAGAAUGUUACGGUGGCAGAAAGAAAUAAUGUGACCUUAACUUGUAAUGCUACCGGAAAUCCAGAGCCACAGUUUUCAUGGUUUAAACUUGAAAAUACUGUGAAAAGCAACAACAGGAUUAAUAUGUCAGCAAAAACGUCGCACCUGACGAUAACAGAUGUGAACAGACAUGACAGCGGAGGAUACCUGUGUGUCGCCCAUAAUGGAGUUGGAAACGAUACCUCGAUAAUUGUCAUAUUAGAUGUGCAAUGUAAGUAAAGCACUAUUAAUACAAUUAUGUACUGUUAGCAGACGCGAGACAAGGCCUACAGCGAAGUGCGCUUUCAGGUUAUUUCAUAAGUUCGUGCUCUUUUUUGAACUUUCCGAACCGACUGUUUUAUAAGCCUUGCAAGUCACGAGCCAUGUUUGCAUUUUUUCUACGGAGAUUUUCAGUAUCCUACAUGUCCCCCUUUGCUGCUGAAGCUACGUUUCAGCUUUGCCAUUUUUUGAAGUAUUACAAGCAUAUAUACUGUUCGCUUCAAAACAAGUCAGAGAUUACCAAAAGGGGUUUUUCCUAAAUAAUAAUUUAUUUGUAUUCUUACGUUCAUUACACUUCAGUUUUCGCCAUCAUAAAUGGAGAGCGAACGAUAAUCGUAUUGUAAGCCCCGGAUUGCGCACGGAAACGUUUCUCUUUAUUCAGAUGAGUCAUUUGUCUCGCUGAAUUGUUUAAUUCCACAGAGCAUAGUCUAGUUAAUAUCCAUUCACACCAACAAAACAUAUUUAAGUGAACUGAGCUCAAGUGAAUGAAAGUAUGACACAGAGGGCUAAAAAAAAUCACUUUCCUAUUAUGCAAAUUUGUAAAGUAUAUAAACGAUAGUACGAAUAUUCCUAACGAUAAAAUCCUCUGAUGAGUGAGCAAUCACGAAACAGGCUUGUAGGGAUGAAAGUAUAGUCUCUCUGUUUUUUCCCCUAUCGCAACACUUAUAUAUAUAUAUCAUUAGCAAUAAAUUAAACAGCGGACAAGUUGUGAACUGUUUAAUACAUUUGGAAAACAAUUCCUAUAACUCGAAAUUGAUAUUUAUAAUAAUUUUUUUUGGUAAUACUGUAUUUAUCUACAGAUAAACCUGAGAUCGCGACGCAUCCUCACAAUAUCAGAACAAGAGAAGGUCAAAACGUGACUAUAUAUUGUAACGCUACUGGAAAUCCAGUUCCAACAAUAUCAUGGUACAAGAAUGAAUAUCCUAUAAGUAACGGGCUCAGGAUCAUUUUGUCUCCAGGCUAUGAACAGUUGACAAUAAGGAAUGUGAACAGAAUAGACAGUGGCGAUUACACAUGUCGAGGGAACAACUCAGUUGGAGCGGAUACUUCGAACGCUUCCACGAUUAAUGUUCAGUGUAAGUGAUUUAAAUUAGCCAUGAAUAAGCACUAGUAGGCCUUUGGAUGUGCCAUAAAUCCAUCAUGGAAUGUCGAGUAUUUACUUGGCUCUCUCAAGCUCGGCAGAAAAUCUACUCUGAUUAAGCACGCUGUUUCAGCCAAUCAGAAUACGUGUCAUAUGGAUACCUCAUAAUAAUUGCUUUUGCAGCUCUAGCAGUAAUUAUUUUUUCAUCGGCAGUUCUUUCUUCUUCCUUUUGGAUCAACCUAUGCUUUUUUAGUAUGAACGAUCUUCUUGCCUGAAUUUUUACCUUCAGAGGGCGUCUUUUUCGCUGAUUCUUCGUCCUAUUACUGUUAGUGUUUUAUUCAUCUACUCAAGGAGAUAAAAGGAAUUUUCCAUUAUUCGAAGACAGAAUUUUAACGGAUUUGGAAGUAGAAAUCAGCCUCGUUGACUUCCAUCCGAGGUAUAGGCCCUGGCUGCCCAUCGAUUAUAUCAAUUUAAAUCUCCGGAUAUUCACAAUGUAAGCGGAUUAAAUUCUCUGUAGUGUGCGAAAAGAAUCUUGUUAACCUGAAUUUGUUGAGAUUCACUGUUUCAGUCCAUAAACUUAAGCAAAAUGUUUUGAUAUUGUAAUUCGAAUGUUUCAUUUUACUCGUGUGAUUAUCUCGAUUAAAUCUGCUAACCCGCUUAAAUACAGUAAAUUUGAUCGAAUUCAUUGCUUUUAAUUUCUUACCUAGGUAAGCUUAGUUUAGAUUACCAACAUAUACUUCGAGAAUUAUACAUUUUAUCCUCGCAUUUCAUUCAAAAUACUCAUUUUGACCGAAAGAAUUCCGAUGAUUUUCAAGCUAAUUACUGACAUGCUUACUCUUGGUCUAGUUCAUGUUUUAAGAGGAGAUAAUUGCCUCGAUGGGAAGUGACUAGUUUCUGUAUUUUGAAAAUGCUAGUUGCUAUCGUAAGUUAGUGUAUAUAGUGGCUUGUUUGUAAGCGAUAUGGUAACAUAUAUUCUAAAUUGGAACCGUUUCAGAUCGCCCUGAGAUAACAAAACAUCCGCAGAAUGUUACGGUGGCAGAAAGAAAUAAUGUGACCUUAACUUGUAAUGCUACCGGAAAUCCAGAGCCACAGUUUUCAUGGUUUAAACUUGAAAAUACUGUGAAAAGCAACAACAGGAUUAAUAUGUCAGCAAAAACGUUUUUUUUUCGUUGGAAAAGGUGAAUACCUUUCAGAAUAAUUAACCGAGUACCAUUUGUAUAGAGAUACUGUGUGAAUGAGGAACUAGGAUAAAAUUCAUAUCCGUCUAUCUAUUUCAUUUCAGAUGAACCGGAAAUUAUCACUGAUCCCUCUGAUGACAAGGUAAAGGAAGGACAAAACACCACCUUUUAUUGUAACGCGACUGGAAAUCCAUCACCAGCAAUAUCAUGGAAAAAAGAUGGACAUUCUAUUUGCAAUAAUUCCAGUAUCAGUUAUUCAGCAGAGAGCAACGAGUUGACGAUAAUAAAUGUGUACAGAACAGACAGUGGAAAAUACCACUGUGUGGCAAACAAUAGCAUUGGUAAUGCCAGCUCAGAUGCUGCUACAUUAGUUGUAGAAUGUAAGUAUUAACAAUAAUAAUGAUGAUAAUAAUAAUAAUAAUAAUAAUAAUAAUAAUAAUAAUAAUAAUAAUAACGAUUUUUAAUGAAGGAACCCAGCUCGCCAAGGCGGUUUUCAGUGGGGCCCAGUAAAGUAUUCAUUGAAUUCUUGUAACUUAUUCGGUAGAAAGUGAGCUCGAGAGUCUGGAAAAAUUAGUCAUUUUGUUAUUGCAGGUUAUUCAAUUGGUUCAACCAUGUCUGCUGUAAACAUGAACGACCAUUGAAUUGUCGAAUUCAAAAACAUAUUGGCGCUUAUAGCUAGUGUUGCUAAUGUUCAUUGCAACUGUUUUACAAUCGUAGAUAAAAGUGAGAUUACCACUCAUCCUAGUAAUGUGACAGAAACAGAGGGAGAAAGCGUUACGUUACACUGUAAUGCUAUUGGAUAUCCGCUCCCUACUCUAUCUUGGACCAAAGAUGGAUCUGACAUUGGCAACAAUUCCAGGAUCAGCUUUUCAGCAGACAAAAAGCAGUUGGCAAUUACCAAAGCGAGCCGAGUAGACAGCGGAGCAUACCGAUGUGUGGCGAACAACAGCCUUGGAAAUGAUACGUCUAUGGCUGCUGUUGUAGAUGUUCAGUGUAAGUAAGCGGAAUAUUCAUGAGACAACGAGUUAUUGGGAUCAUUAACUAGGGCUCGUUAGUCCCAAAAAAAAGGCCGUAAUGUUUUGGUUCGAAAAAGGUUAACGGUUAGUUAAACAGCGGCUUUUAAGCUUCCCAGUUUAGAUAAAUUCAAGGUCGCCAGUUUUGUACUGUGGCUCUUAAGGACACUUUCUUGGGUUGCGAAUUACGUCAAGCGGCAAACAUGUCUGCUGCAGAUAGUCACAUUACGUUUGAGUUAACAAAUCCCAGACGAAAGGAAAAACAGAAACAAGUUGAGAAAAAUUUGACACGAGAAAGAAUUAAGAAGAAAAGUAAGAGCAGCUUUGGAACCGCACUACUAUGCAGCUAUGGACACUUGAGUAAAUGUUUUCAGCUUGUAAUUGAAUAAUAAUUUCUAUUUCGCAUUGAGAAAUCUGAAACUUACCAAACUUGCACGAUUUUCUAAUUUAUUACUAUGUUUUUUUUUAGUUGCACCUGAAAUCUCCAUACAUCCGAGGAAUGUCACAAUAGUAAGAGGAGAUAGUGUGACUUUUAGUUGUUCAGUCGUGGGGAACCCAACACCCAGUGUUGUUUGGACAAAGGACGGAAGAGACCUAAAUGUAACAGAAAAUAGUCGAUUUAACUUGUCCUCAAGGAAAAAUAAUCACAGUUUAGAAAUUGCAGAAGUUCACCGCUCAGACUCAGGACAAUACAGAUGUGUAGCUGAAAACAGCAAGAAUAUAUCAAAUUCAUCUGCAGCUACCCUCACAGUGCAGUGUGAGUAAAUUCGCUUGAAAUGUUUUCAGAUAUUACCCAGUGUAGUUUUAAAUGCCCUGUAUUGCUGUGACAUGCAAUAUUUUAUUAAAUUGCUUUGUUGCGUUCAUAAGCUGUAUGCCGUAGUAUGAUAUGAGAGGAAACGUUGCCAAAGGAAAAAAAGACAACAUUUCAUAAUGCUAAUUGCCCUCUAUAACCUUGUCCUUAGCUUUUCGGUGGAGACUUUUAGAAAUCGUUGACGUUAAUUCUAAUUUCUUGUUCUUUUUUGUUUCCUUUUUUUGUCUCUUUGUUUGUUUGUUUUUUUCCUACAGAUGUACCAGACCCACCAAAGGAUGUCAAAGUGAUCUCGAGAGCUUCACGGGAAGUGAAUGUCUCCUGGACGGCUGGUUCUAAUGGAAACAGCGCUAUUCAGAACUACACAGUGGAAAUCCGUGAAGAUAAUCAGACUUUCAGAGAUGCCAUAUGUCAAGGAACACUCUUAAAGAAUAAUUGUGUGAUUUACUCCACAAGAGUUUCUAUCAAAGAGCUGCUUCCUUGGACAACAUAUUACCUCAGGGUGUUUGCCAGGAACAUGAUUGGUCCUGGUAACUACAGCUCUGUAGUAAAUGUUACCACCGAAGAAGAAGGUGCUCUUUUUCUAAUAUUUUAAGUUCCUUUUCAUUUGAUAAAUCUUAUCAUAUACCUGUAUUUUAAAGAUUCCUUCGGCAACUGAUAAAUUGAUUAAGUUGAUGUUGAGCUUUUAACACUUGUCUUACAUUUACUUCGUGUCAUUUGUCUGUUUGUUUUUUUGUGUUUUUUGCAAUGUUUUGUCCGUUGUUUUUUAACUCUGCACUAGGCUUUACCUAUGCUUUGAGUUGACUUUUUUAACUGUAAAUGUAUUGCUAUUAUACCAUUGGGCUUUGUUAUAAAAAUUCUAUACUUCAAUUCUAUAUUUCUUGGAACUCACGGGGAGAAAAUGUGCUAUUAUUUGUUUACAGUACCAAGUUCCGCUCCACCAUUUAACGUGACUGUCCUCAAUUCUACUGCUGUUAACGUUUCUUGGCAGGUAGUAAACCCACUUUUUUUCACUUAGCAUUUAUUAGAGUUUCCUGCUCCACUGACACCGUUAUCAAAAGUUUUUUUUAAAAUAGCUUUGCUCUAUAACACUCAGAAAAGACAAUACUAAGACAUGCGCAGCGGGCAGGUUGGACACUUUUUUUUUCGCAACAGUUCUUGGUGACUUAUUUACUAAUUGACAGUGGUUCCGAGUAGUCACAACUGUGCUAACAUUACAAUGAAUGCAUAAACAUCUUUUGAAAUGGCUGCAGGAGCUAAAGAAAUGAAUCUAUCGCAUUGUACUGCAAUACAAUUUAGGAAGUGAUGUUGCAUGUGGUAUAUUUGUCAAGUAAUUGUGGCUAAAAGAUACUAAUAUUCAUCAUUAUUGCUUGGAGAGACUGGAAACCGAAAGGAGCAUGGUUAAAAUACCGUGUGAGUGAAUUAUUACUCAACAUGUUGAAAUUAAUAGCAGUUUGAUACCUUUGUUGAUUAAUUUUAUUCUACUCGGCUCUCUCGUCACAGUUUAGUAUUAUUAUUAUUGUCAUCUAGAUGCUCACUAAGGAAGACGCUAGAGGUGAUAUUCUGGGCUAUUACAUCCUGUACAAGAGAAAAAGCAAGCCAGAGGUAUCAUGGAAGAACAGAACUGUUAAUGGAGCCGAUAUCACGUUUUUAGUACUAGCAUUUCUAGAUGAGUACACACCAUACCAGUUCGCCAUACAGGCCUUCAACAGCAAGGGUGUCAGUGGUCGUAGUGAAAUUGAGGAGAGAAAGACAGAUGAAGAUGGUGAGUUGCUUAAACAGUCGUCCAGUUGCUCAGAAGAUUUCUGUCGACAAAGUGCUCAAAACAUACUAAGUUACGUAAUCACUAAUAUUCAACCAACACGCACCUAUCUUAAUUUUUUCAUGAAGAGCAACUCCGACAGUACCAAAACAUGACUGUUCUGUGCAUUUUUUGAGAAUAUUAAUGGUUUCCCCGUAUUUUGGAUGUUCCCAUGGAAGCGAUAUCUCUCAACAACUGAUAAAUCGACAAACCAUAACCACUAUGCGUGUCAAGGUUUUUGAGCAACUUUCAACCCAGAGUCAAAGUAAUCCAAUAUUUGUUUGGUUUUCCUUUACUUCGUUAUAUUAGUGGUCCAGAAGAGUCGCACUCGUUCCUUACAUCACGACCAAGAGCCAAAUAUUUUCCCGUCCUACACGACCAAACUCAGUCAAUAAGCGUUAUAUCAUUUGACCACGCAGUGCUGAAAAUUCAAAAGAGUUAUUUCAACCUAAAUAUGACGAGAAAGAGGGACAACCACAAAAUAAUUUACAUAUAAAAUUUUCCAGCUUUUUUUUUUUCUCUUGAGUGAGAACAAGAAACUCACAAUUCAUCAAAAAACGCAACUUUUUCACUCUUUUCUUUUUUUCCGUUAAGUUUUUUGCAACAAAGCUGCUUGAGUGCAAGGGCGGACGGCUUCUCUCGGACUGGCUCGCGUCAACCCGUCCGGCCCCACGGACGUCAGCUUUCCCUGUGUUUUUCUAGGGGAUUGCGCGCGCAGGGCCUUAUGAGUCAUUUGAUAAAAGCAGUGACCAACAAGACGAUGACUUGAAGUAAAUCAAUUGUAUUUUACUGUACAUGUAUAACUCCUUAAAAUUGAUUAUAUGCGUUUCAGCACCUUCCGAAGCACCGAAAUGGAUCCCUGCAGUAACAAAGAACAGUACUAGUAUUGAAUUGGCAUGGGAACCUGUUCCUGAGCGUGAUUUGAAUGGCAAUCUCACUGAGUAUAUCAUAAGGUAUACGGAUGGCGAGACAAUAAUACGAAGGAACGUGGAAAGAUAUAGAAAAAAAGUGGUUAUAAAUGGGCUCAAAGCAUCGACUACUUACUCCUUUAAAAUUUCGGCUGCAACUGUCAAAGGUGAAGGUCCACUGAGUAAACCCACGGGAGCUAGAACGGAUGGUGAGAAAAACAAACUAAAUAGCUAAUAAUGAUGAUAACAAUGAUUUUAGCAAUAAAAAUGAUAAUUUAGAAAAAGUAAUAACUUUUUGACGUUAUCUAAUCAUUUAAAAAAAAUCUUUGUUAUUUUUUUCGUAAAUCUUUAAUUUAAAAAAAGGAAAAGGAUAAAAUGCAGCAUAAAAGCAAGUGAAGAAUGUUCUGAUUUAUUCUCUUUUUAAUAAUAUUGAUGGUAAUAAUGACAUCAACAAACAUAACAAUGAUUUCAAUAAUGAUAAUAAUGAUAAUAGUGCCAGUGAUAACGAUGAGAAACAAAGGUCAUGCUACAUAAAAGACGUUACGUGUCCUCUUAUUGUACGAGUGUGAGAAAAAGGAAAAGAUACGAAAGAAUUUCAUCAAGAUCUUUAGAAAGAAAUUCAAAAGACCGGAAAAUAAAGGAAAACAUCCUUCUCUCCUGUUGUCAUUGGACCACCUGGAACAAUGACCUAAGAUUUUCAUCCUUUGGUUAAAAAGAUAGUUGGCCUUGCAUCACUGGUUUUCUAUUUAACCCUUUUAACUCGCAGAGGUGAUUGGCAUGUAACUUCUUCCUAUUAUAUCCAUACAUUAAACAGGAAACAGGUAAUUAGAGUACUCAAACUUAUAGGGUAGAAGUUGUUCCCUUGAUCGAACAUCAAAUUCUUGUAAUUAAUUAAAAAGGGAAUAUGUAAUAGCUAGUGGGGAGAAUUAACAACCGGAUCUUGGAAGUUAAAGGGUUAAAGCUUGUCUAUUGGAUACUGCAAAGAUCAUAAGAACGACCUUAGACAACUAAAACUAUUAGAUGAUGUACUUUGUAUUUAAAGGCAAUGAUUAUCAUUAUUACCACACAAUCAACAAAUCAACAUAAUGUUUAUUAUGUUGAUUUGUUGAUUGUGAUAAUAAUGAUAAUGUUAAUUAUAAUAAUAAUGAUAAUGAUGGUAACAAUAACUAUGGUAACAUGCAAUGGCAGGACUUAUGUAACAAUCGACGUAAAUCUAUAAUUACAGAAGUACAGUAAAAGUUACCAAAAAAUGAUUUACUGACUUACUUCGUCGUUCGAUUUUUAAGAUUUACCGUCUUCCUUAAUGUAUUUCAUGUAAUUUCUAAAUAUUUUCUUUCAAAUUUUAUUUGAAUUAAUUGCAUUGCAUUUGAGUUGCAUUUAUCAGUGUUUCUCUUCGUUGAAGACCCACCCAUCCCUCCGACACCUGCUAGUGGCGACAUUGGGGCAGAGGAAGUUUCUGUUGCCUUUGAGCCCAGGCAAAUUUUGAGUAAUGGAGAAAAAGUCAGGUUAGAAUUGUUUAGUUCAUACAUUGUUGUUUUUUUUUGUCUGUUUUUCUAGCUUGAGAUUGAAUUGUAAAUGAUUCCAAAAGUCUAAUCUCAAAGUUAAUUCAAUAAAUCACACCAAUUAUUACAUGCAAAUAUCUCCUACAAAGGAAUUUUAACCCUUUCACUCCCGGAUCUCAUUAGUAAUUCUCCUCACAUUCUGCUAUAUAAUUCUUAUGAUGAGAAUUUGGUAUUGAAUCAACUAGUAAUCCCCAAGCUGAUAUUUUUAUUUAUUCUCAUCACUUGUCUGUUUGAUAGUGUAUUGAUUUGGUAUGGAGAAAUUCUGUCUUAGUCACCCGUGGGAGUUAAAGGGUUAACUCUGUUAUUGAAAUUUGAUUUUUUUUUUCUAAGUCGUGAUAAUUUUAAUAAGGUCACUGCGUGCUUUCACUUUUAUCAUCUAAAGUUUGGUUGAGCAGAUAUCAUGUUAAAACCUUACUUAUUUGCUCGUUUUAGAAUUCGCUCUUUUUAUUAAUUCCUCUUUUACUUUAAUGGGAUGCCAUUAAACUGGGUUUUGACUUUCAAAAUUGCUUAAUAAAUACCUUUUUUUAUUUAUUUCAGUUACUACCAAAUCAUCGUCGUACCACUAGAAGAAGGGAAAGAUCCUGGCAAACCAUCAGAUAAGAAAUAUGUUGAUGUCGUCGAAAGGUAUGAAGAUAAAUCGGAGGGUGAACCCUACAUUACGGCUGAAUUUUCUAACAAUAACGAAGAGAGAAAAACCUUUCCUGUUGGAGAUGGGAAGUACUAUUCAAGAGGAAGUCAUGUUGUGGCAAGAAAGCGCAGAGGAGGUGAGUAAUUGUAAUUAUAAACUUUCUCACAGUUGAUCUGAAUUACAAAUUAUACUUAAAUACAGAUUUAAGUUGCACAAACUGAUUAAGCUGACUCCGUGUAUCUAUUUUGUUAUAUGUAUUUCCUUACCUACUUGUUGGAUUGCAUCAGUCUGUAUGAAUACAGCGAUCGAAAUGGAGACGGGCAAAAUAAUUAUAGUAAGAUAAUUGAACGUCCUUUACAUAAAUUAAACUUGCUUAAGCUUAGAUUCCAUGCGAUCAUGGUGUGUUCUCAAGAGAUAAAGAAAAUUGUGGCGAUCUAAAGGGAACACUACUGUGUGGAUCAAAGAACACUCCGUCCAAACCUCCCAAUUGUUUUGGUCGUAUUUCCACGAAAUUGCCUCGAUUAUUGCAAAACUUUUCCAAGACUAUUCAGACGAUCAUGACGAUCCAGAGAAUCAUACUUUCCCCUCCCCUUCACUCACUAUGGUAUUAAAAAAAAACGCCAGUCGAGUAAUAAUAUGCAACUUUUGGUGUCAGACUAUUGGUAGGAAAAAAAGAUGAGUGGAUAAGUUUCUGAAGAAACUGUGGUGCUGCGUCAGUGGAAGAAUAUAACAGGGUAAUAAGUAUUGUCAAAUGAGUUGAAGACGUAAAUUGGCCACCUUUAAGAGUUUCAAAGCUGACGCUUCGAGUGUUAGCCCUUCGUCAGAGUGAAUGGCGAAGGUCUAACGCCCUACACGUCAGCUUUUAAACUCUUUACGGCAGCCAAUUCAUGUCAUCAACUCAGUUGCUAAUAUUAAUUACCCUUUUAGUAGAAAGACCCAAAGGUUUGUUAGGAAUGUUGGGGGUGGGUUCUGCGGCUCUUUCAUGUUACUUGGAUAUCAAAUCUUGCAUUUAAUUUUCAGUGUUUUCGACUUUCCUUUCUUUUUUUCGUUUAGUCUAUACAAAGUAUUUUAAUGGUAAGCUUGAUGACGACACGGAGUACGCUGUUUUUCAACGUUCCCUUAGCGAAAAUGGUUAUUAUCAAGAUGAGGGAUUUUCUCAGUUUACAACCAAAACCCUUCCAAGAGAAGAAGAGCCAACACCUGGAAAGAAGAACAAACACCUGAUUGUUGUUGGAGUAUUUAUAGGAUUGUUCAUAGUGUGUGUAGUUGUUGUUGGCGGAAUCGUGAUUGUCUGGUUACGCGGUCGACGGCAGAAUAAUGCAAAUGACGACGGCGAAGAGAUAUCUUUGGAAGAACAAGGUUACGGUAUGUUGUAGUUCACCACCUAGUUUAAAUAUCUCUAGGUUGAUGUAAUUUCUUUGUUUAUUGCCUCUUUUUGGUUUGCCUAAAAUUUGUUUGGCUUCUGUUACAUUACUGUAACCAUUUGCCUUACGAUAACAAUGUUUGAUAGAGCUUUUCUUCGUCGUCUGUGAUACUAUUUUACGUAUCGCACGAGCAGGUUUUAACACACAGAGUCUGUUGUCAAGCUCUCCAACUCAAUACCAAAGAGAGCAUCUCCAUGAGACAUUGUUCCCCAUGACAUCGUUCUCCAUCUUCCAAAAUUUAUUUCUCAGAGAAUGAGCUUUGAAAACUGGAACUUAAUUGUAGUUAGCUCCGCUAACUAUUUUGAAUUAGUGGGGGUUCGAAUUACGAGGAUUGGUAUUGAAUUUCAAAUAUACAAUUAAUAAUAAUGGUGAACCAUGUUUGUACCAUCGUUGCACAAUCAACAGUCAUUUUCGUACAUUAAGUUUGUUUAACAAGAGCUGCUUUAAAAUAAUAUUACUGAAUAAACGGUAAACUGCAAUUCACAAGCUCUGGUCUUAUAAACCUCGAAAGGGGUUCUAGGGGAGACUUACAAGCGGCGGGGCUUCUAUGCUUUUGAUUAAUUAGGCUUCAAAACGUCUUUGUAAAAUUAGUUCCCUACCUAUCUCAAAACAUGAAAGGCCGCUUAUAGUUGGAUGCAUAUCUAUUUACAAGUAAAAGGGCAUGUAACGGUGGGGGGGGUUUCAUAAGCGACAGUUUACUGAACCGGUACAUGAGUGCGUAUGUUAUCAUGAAUAGAAUUGAAAGAUAGCAACCUGCUCAUUGGCUCUCUUCAAAGAUUGAGAUAAAGAACCUUUGUUUGUGCAAAUGAAAUAAUAAACUGAUAAUUUUUUUCUAUUCAACUUAGAAAACUUCGAUCCAGAAGGGGAAAUAGCUGUCGAGGAGUUUGAAGACCACGUGAAACGCCUUCAAGAGGAUGAUUUAUUUUCUGUUGAGUAUGGUGCUAUACGCUCUCAAGGAAAUGUUACUUCCAAAGCCACUUUGGCCGAGGAGAACAAACACAAGAACCGUUACAACAAUAUCGUUGCGUACGACCACAGCCGAGUAAAAUUGACUCCAAUCGAGGGUGUGCGGGGCUCUGACUACAUUAACGCCAACUUCCUUGACGGUUAUCAGAAGGAUAAGGCAUAUAUCGCCACCCAAGGACCACUUGAACACACUUCAGAUGACUUCUGGAGAAUGGUCUGGGAGCAAGGGACAAAAACAAUCGUCAUGGUUUGUGCUUUCUGAUAAUAAGUAAUAAUCAACGUCGAUCACUUGUAAUGAUUUAGUUGCGUCAUGUUCAUUUUACCGUGCAUUGUGCAGCGUAGCCAUAAGAGAAAGUGUCACAUCUUUCCAUGCCUAUCUUUAAAAGAAUUUGAAUUUCUUUCAUAUUACAGAAUUAAAAUUUUCCAGUCGAUUGUGUGUGUAAAAGUCUGUGGUUUUUGUAACAUGAACCGUUUAGAAAGGAAUUAUUUCUUCGGAAUGAAAUGUUAAGCCAUUGAUGCUUCACCACUCCUCCCCCACCCCUUCCCCUCACCCGUUCGAUAUUAUCAGUUUUCCUCGACAAUUUGCGAGUGCCCGCCUAUAAUCCUAGUCGGAGAGAGGAUUUGAGAAAGAUGAGGUGCUCACCCAAUUCCUUCAUCCCUGUGAAUAACCUAACACAGUUCACCAUGAAACGCUUGAAGUAUGCCCGUUCACCCUAUUCUAGGUGACAAACUUGGAGGAGAAGGGUCGCCUGAAGUGUCACCAGUAUUGGCCAUCAGAAGGUGCAGAAUCGUAUGGUGACAUUCGAGUAACCUUGAUGCAGACGGUGCAGCUCACUGAAUUCACCAUCCGUACCAUGACUCUAAAGCACGCCGAUAACUCAGAACAACGAACUGUAAAUCAGUAUCAUUACACGGUAUGGCCUGACCAUGGUGUUCCCGAGUGUCCUUCCUCACUUCUCACAUUUGUGAGAAAGGCUUCUAGAGCAAAAUCCUCCGGACGCAGGGCCUAUGGUAAGUUAUCUUAUAUUUCGCAGGAAGAAGUGAGAAAGAAUUUAAAUGAGUGGUGGGGCGUACAAUCAGCUAAAUGUUCUCUAGUAAGGAAAAUGGCAUAUUGCAUAGUGGAAAUAUUAUUGUUAACUUCUAAUCUAGAAAAAAUUAAACAAAAAAAAAUCCUUUUCUUCUCUCUCAGUGAUCGUUAUGUUGCAUCUUGUAACUGAGCACAGGGGAUUAUCAUCUUGUUCUGAAACAAGUGAUGACUGACAUGAAAGUUUCCACAAUCUAAGCAAAUAUUAACUGCAGAAAAAAAAAGGCACACAUAUUUGGUCCUUUAUUAGUUCCGAUAUAUCAUUAGUGAAUUUUCAUUCAGGUUGUUCACUGCAGUGCCGGGGUGGGCAGAACUGGUACAUUCAUUGUGGUAGACGCAAUGUUGCGCCGCAUUGCUGCAGAGAAAACAGUGGAUGUCUAUGAAUAUGUCACCUCAUUGCGACAAGAUAGAAAUUUUAUGGUACAAGUUGAAGAGCAGUACAUUUUGAUUCAUGACGUCCUGGUGGAGGCCAUCCAUUCCGGAUUCACUGAAAUACACGCAAAUGAUCUUAGAUCUCAUAUCAAGAACCUCAUGCAAGUGAAUCAAACGAGCGGUAUGUGUCUUUCCCAACAUAUACCAUCCUGUCAAUCCCUUAUCUAAUUCAUAUUACGAAUUGGAAAUAACUCCAUAGAAGUGCUACUCUGUGAGUUCUAGGCUUAAUGGCGAUUACAAAACCAUUUUAUUGAUGGUGCUUCAUUCCACUUGUGUUUUUAUAAAUGUAGCGGUUUUCUUAUGUAACAUCCUCUGGUUGCGAGGCUUUAAAAAAGGUUUAUGAUGAAACUUCACGAAAAAUUUCCUCUGAUCAAACGAAUUUCUCUCAACCUCAGUCGGCCUUGAGAGUAUUAUUCAUCCUCUGUUCGAUUUGAUGUGAUAAGGUCAUUUUUUUUAUGCUGUUAGGCCAAAGUGAGAUGGAUGAGGAGUUCAUCCGGCUAGGUCGCUGCAUCAACACUUCCCAACUCACAGCUCAGGCUGCUAGCAUGGCCUGCAACGUGAACAAGAAUCGUUAUCCAAAUGCGUUACCGUAUGAUGAAACCCGGGUUAAACUGAGUGUAAUCUCAGGAAUGGAAGGCUCUGAUUACAUCAAUGCUAACUUCAUUGAUGGCUACAUGACUAGGAGAGCAUUCAUUGCAACUCAGGCACCCAUACCUGAUACUAUACCAGACUUCUGGCGCAUGAUUUGGGAACAAGAAUCUUCCACCAUAGUCGUGUUAUCAAAAGAAACAGAAGGUGACAAGGUAUGCUCAAUAAACCGAAAAUUUAUCAAUCAACUAAAACAAUCAAUCCAUCAGUCUAGGAAAAGGUUACCUUCUUUGUUAGGGAUGUUAUUUUUGCAGGGGUUAAUAGAGAUGCCUUACAUUAGUAAGUGACCCCCAUUCUAUGUCGGUUAUGGGUAAGUAUGUAUUCCUAAAAGGCGACUUUCGUGAGCAACUUCUGAGAGACCUAUAAAAAAGCCUUCUUUACUUGUAGAUGGGUCCUCCUAAGUAUAGUAAGACCCCUGAUUAUAAUAGUUUGUUGGUCUUAGUGAGCGGCUGUAAGCUUCGUUGCCUUAUGCAUGCAGUGUUACUCCUCAUAACUUUAUGUAAACAUAUUCAUUUAAAUACCAGCGAAUGGAUACAUGCAUCCAUUUACUCGUAACGGCUGUAGGGAAAAAAGAUAUGACUAAGCAUCAACUAAAAUAUCUUUAGCUUUCGAGUCAUCGUUUAGUGGGAAUUAACUUGUAUGGGGUAGGAGGUCUAUCUAUGUAAUUGAUCUGACUCUGGAUUUAAUCGAUUUGUAAAGCUUAAUCUUAUGUGUACAGGUCAAAGUACACCAGUACUGGCCUGCAGAGAAGCCCGCGCACAUUGGCACUUUGGUAGUGGAAAAGACAAGUGAGACGUCCUAUGAAGACUACACAAUGAGAGAAAUGAAACUCACCCAUACCAAGGUUCGUUCUGAUGACUCUUCAGUUAAUCUUCAGCAACUUUCUGUUUAUUACCAAUAAAAUGUCAGGGAAUUAGCCAAGAAUUUGUGUGUUACGGGGAGAUCCAUCCAUGGCGGUUCCUAGAUUGAAGGAGAAGAAUGGGGUUAAGUUAAUAAAAGGCUUUUAGGACCAUAGCAAUAUGACAAAACGUGCCAAUUUCCCAAGACAUGCUUUAUCUUUUUCAAAGCGAUCACAUGCACCCUAAAAUCUCUACUGACAGCAUUUAUCAAACACACACAUUUCUCUUGUCAAUAUUUCAGGAAAGUGCAUCCCGAGUUGUUCGUCAAUAUCAUUACACUGGAUGGCCUGAUUCAGGAUCUCCAGAAUCAGGUACUGGCUUGAUCGAUCUUAUUGGGCAAGUACAACGGUGGCAGCAGCAGUCAGAAAACACUAAGAUUACUGUGCACUGCAGGUGUGUAUUUAUAAUUAAAAUAUUAUUAAGCAUAUAUUAUAGUCUGGCUUUGGUCCUAAUUGAAAAAUGCUCAUUUAGUCGUUAUUAAGUUCACUGGUGUUCCUUAGUCCUAACGUUGUCUCCUGAGUCUCGUUCCACCUUUGCGAAACAUUUAUACCCUGUAACUAUAAGUGGACAAUUAAGGCCCUAGGGAAGAUCUUUUCAUUCCUAACAGUGGAAUGACAGCCAUAUCAAUUUGUCGGUUUUGGCAUUACUCGCUUGCUUCACUGGGUAUAUUAAAACGCGCACGUUGUAAUGUUACCAAUUUGCACACAUUCAUGUAUUUUUAUUCAUCCUAUAUACCACUUUGCAGUAAUAUUUCAAUUACUACGCUCGUUAUAAACUAUUAUAUUCAUUUAAAUGUUAAUUUAUCAAUCAAUGAAAACUCUUGUAGCAUGUUAAUAUCAGGUAUUGCCCUUCGCUAAUAAAUGCUAGUGGAAAGACAACCUUUUGCGCAGUUUACAGCAGACCCUAAGUUUAUUUUCUUCUUCAACUUCAUCUUCAACUUCACAUUUCAGCGCUGGAGUGGGUCGCACAGGAGUGUUCUGCGCCCUCAGUAUUUUAAUCGGACAGUUAAAGAGUGAAGGUGUGGUAGAUGUUUUCCAGACUGUGAAGCAGCUGAGAGUUGAGAGACCUGCCAUGGUCCAGACAAAGGUGUGUUAUUUUUUUGUGAGGUAUUCAAGGCAACUUAAAAACCGUCACAGAAGAGGGCAAUUGGCUUUUAUUUCUCGCUUGGAAUUUAAUUUUGCUCUCUACUUGCAUGGCUGCGAGAGUGGGCAGUCAAUAACAUAUGUUAUAGGUUACAAGUGUUGUUUUGAAACAAUAGAAAGUACAAUUUGAACCAACCAAGACUUAUGUCAGAUAGAUCAGAAGGGUCUAAUAGGAACUGGAAUGGCCGAGCAGUCUAUUUGAGGUUUUUCUAGUAACUUGAAAGUACACUUGUGAAUGUAUUGCUGACCUAGUGAUUUUCACUCUUUCAGGAUCAAUAUGAGUUUAUUUACUCUGCUCUCAGUGAGUAUUUAGACUCAUUCGAUGCCUACAGUAAUUUCUGAGUGCCUGCACCCGUUCAAGAAUGAAGGACAGUUAUAAAUUCAGCAAGAAUUAAUUUCUUUCGUGCUCUAACUAGAGAUGAAAUAAUCAACAUAAAGUCGUUAAAAACGCGGCGAUUUUCUUUAAAGUGCCGUUAACUCAGUCAGAUAUGUAAACCCAGUUGCUAAGGAUAGAUAGAUGAUGUGGAUAACCGCUAAGCGCCUAAACUAGGUUGUGAUCAUGACCGACGACAGUCUUAGGAAAAAAAAAAAUUGGGAUUCGCUAAUGUAAAGCAAAUUUAAACCACAGGGAAAAAAAAACAAGAUCUAAAAGCAUAAUUUGCGAAUGGAUUCAUCGAUCAAAUUGUAUUGAAAGUUUUAUUUGACGUUUUAUUUCAUUUUUUCGUGUUUCUAGGCUGAGUUAAUUGAAACAUAUGGUGACAACUUUUUGUCAGGAAAAAAAAAAAUUAAUCUUAAGUUCACAGAAACCAUGGUUCAGUCAUUUUUCAAAGGAAUCAGCCAAAAACCUUGUUAACCUCGCUCCAGAUUUUGCAGCCUUUUUGUGAAAGUGGAAUUGUUUGACUAUGUCUCCUACUGGCGGGAUUUCCUGAGACUAGCUUGUGUUCUGUGGAUGAAAAUAGUUAAGUUUUCUAUCUUGUAGAAAAAUAAUCAGCAUAAACUGAACCAUUUGCUGGAGUCAAGCAGAAAUAAUUUCAGCGGAUGACAGUCCAAUCUCUAUACAAUUGAAGCUUUAGCUGUAUUCUUACAAUAAAAGAUAAUUUUGUUCCAUGCUCGUACUUUCAAUGGUCAGGGUAUUAAACACCUGUUUACGUAAGAGGUGGCAAGGGAUUAAUAUUUACCGAGCAUUCGACGCUAUUCACUAUUCUAGUAUAUCGUAAUUGUCUCUAUUCAAGCAAUGCCAAGAUUUUAUACACCGGCC